GAUUUGACUUCAAUCAACACCAAUAGAUUGCCAGGUUUGACUUCAAUCAACACCAAUAGAUUGCCAGGUUUGACUUCAAUCAACACCAAUAGAUGACCAGGUUUGACGUCAAUCAACACCAAUAGAUUGCCAGGUUUGACUUCAAUCAACACCAAUAGAUUGCCAGGUUUGACUUCAAUCAACACCAAUAGAUUGCCAGGUUUGACUUCAAUCAACACCAAUAGAUUGCCAGGUUUGACUUCAAUCAACACCAAUAGAUUGCCAGAUUUGACUUCAAUCAACACCAAUAGAUUGCCAGGUUUGACUUCAAUCAACACCAAUAGAUUGCCAGGUUUGACUUCAAUCAACACCAAUAGAUUGCCAGGUUUGACUUCAAUCAACACCAAUAGAUUGCCAGGUUUGACUUCAAUCAACACCAAUAGAUUGCCAGGUUUGACUUCAAUCAACACCAAUACAUGACCAGGUUUGACGUCAAUCAACACCAAUAGAUUGCCAGGUUUGACUUCAAUCAACACCAAUAGAUUGCCAGGUUUGACUUCAAUCAACACCAAUAGAUUGCCAGGUUUGACUUCGAUCAACACCAAUAGAUUGCCAGGUUUGACUUCAAUCAACACCAAUAGAUUGCCAGGUUUGACUUCAAUCAACACCAAUAGAUGACCAGGUUUGACGUCAAUCAACACCAAUAGAUUGCCAGGUUUGACUUCAAUCAACACCAAUAGAUUGCCAGGUUUGACGUCAAUCAACACCAAUACAUGACCAAGACUGAUCUCAAUCAACACCAAUAGAUUGCCAGGUUUGACUUCAAUCAACACCAAUAGAUUGCCAGGUUUGACUUCAAUCAACACCAAUAGAUUGCCAGGUUUGACUUCAAUCAACACCAAUAGAUUGCCAGGUUUGACUUCAAUCAACACCAAUACAUGGCCAGGUUUGACUUCAAUCAACACCAAUAGAUUGCCAGGUUUGACUUCAAUCAACACCAAUAGAUUGCCAGGUUUGACUUCAAUCAACACCAAUAGAUUGCCAGGUUUGACUUCAAUCAACACCAAUAGAUUGCCAGGUUUGACUUCAAUCAAUACCAAUAGAUUGCCAGGUUUGACGUCAAUCAACACCAAUAGAUUGCCAGGUUUGACGUCAAUCAACACCAAUAGAUUGCCAGGUUUGACUUCAAUCAACACCAAUAGAUUGCCAGGUUUGACUUCAAUGAACACCAAUAGAUUGCCAGGUUUGACUUCAAUCAACACCAAUAGAUUGCCAGGUUUGACUUCAAUCAACACCAAUACAUGACCAAGGUUUGAACUCAAUCAAACUUUUGCCUUCUCCCACCUUGCAUUUCCUGACAUUGUGUUGAAAUAGCACCAACAUUACUGGGCCAUCUACUGGGCAGGGAAGCUUGUAGCAGGAAAAAAGGCCGAGCCCUGCUUGGAUGACUUCUAGCAAGAACAAAUCGCCCGGAGCAAGAAAAAGAAUAGAAAAAAAUGGCCUUAAGAUAUCUGCAUUGGAAGAGUAAGCAAGAAGCAAGAAUUAUAAAUAGAUACAUUAAAGAAACGGACCCAAAGGAUAGUAGAAUCGCCGAUCCUAUUGUAGAUUCCCUGAUAUAUCGAAAAGGAAAAUGCCUGAACGCACAGCUCACGGAAUAUUUAUCAUUCUAAAUACAUUUUAAAUAUUGCCAUAUAAUCAAAUGAUGAUAUGUUUUGUUAAUGGAUAUUUUGUAGUUUCCUUCUUAAAAUAGCACAAAGAAAAAUAACCAAAGCCUGAGUCACAUAAGAGUCACAUGAUUUUCGAUGGCAUUUGUUUGAAGGUGAUGAUGUCUGAAUUGGUAAAAUAGUUAAUGAAAAAGGCUCCUCUUGGAUUUUUUAAAGAUGUGAUAGAUCAGGGGGUCGAAGGAUAGUUAGAGCAGGUGAUUCCUUGUAGUCAAUGACGACACAACGAAACACUAACGAAUAUUAAUUCAUGAAUACCGUCUUAAUAAUUUUUGGCACAUUUUACAACAAGACUAUAUUAGUGGCGAAUGGGCCUAAUGUUUGUCAGCCUGAAUAGCAGGGGGUGGAGCACUGGGGGCACGUGCCCCCCCCCCCCUAAUAUUAAAAAUAUACUUAUAAGAAAUUGGCCGGUAGGGGCGUGGCUGUGCCCCCAAAAUUUUCUUAAUGUUUCUAUAUUCUGCCCCUCCAAUAUUUCAAAGCUUGCUACGGCAGUGAAUUGAUUGCAACUAUUUCACAGGCCAAUGACAGCCCUCAUGCCUUUAAGAACAAGUCCAUGCAGUGGUGUUCGCCAGCGAGACCUUUGGGGGUAUUCGCAGAAAGCAAACACUUUUUUUUAUAAUACGAUGAAAGUCCAUUAUUCGAAUUUUUUUAAAAAAAAAAAAAAAGAAAAAACAUAUCUUCAACUUUAUCUUAAUCAACUGUUUUUAUCUAUUUUCUCCGUUUAUUAUUUGUUAAGCUAAAACUAAUAAAAUUCAACAAUAUUUGGAAAAGAGAUGAUAAUAUUCGCUAGCAUUGCUUGUAACAUAUUGGAGAUAAAUAUUUUAUAAUUUUCCUAAUUAAUAAAUUAACAGUUGCUAUGAUAGGCAUUAGUAAUUGGUACUUGAAAACUAAAAAAAAAAGAAACAGUUAAACUUUGCAUAUUAUUUAGCAGGUAAGACGAUUUGUGAUAAGCGAUCGGUGAUCUUCUUGUAAUGUCUCGCGCUUCUUACUUGCAUGGGCGAUCUUCUUGUUAUGUCUCACGCUUCUUACUUGCAUGGGCGAUCUUCUUGUAAUGUCUUACGCUUCUUACUUGCAUGGGCGAACUUCUUGUAAUGUCUUACGCUUCUUACGUGCAUGGGCGAUCUUCUUGUAAUGUCUUAUGCUUCUUACGUGCAUGGGCGAUCUUCUUGUUAUGUCUCGUGCUUCUUACUUGCAUCGGCGAUCUUCUUGUUAUGUCUCGUGCUUCUUACUUGCAUGGGCGAUCUUCUUGUUAUGUCUCGCGCUUCUUACUUGCAUGGGCGAUCUUCUUGUAAUGUCUUACGCUUCUUACUUGCAUGGGCGAUCUUCUUGUAAUGUCUUACGCUUCUUACUUGCAUGGGCGAUCUUCUUGUUAUGUCUUACGCUUCUUACUUGCAUCGGCGAUCUUCUUGUUAUGUCUCGCGCUUCUUACUCGCAUGGGCGAUCUUCUUGUAAUGUCUUACGCUUCUUACUUGCAUGGGCGAUCUUCUUGUUAUGUCUUACGCUUCUUACGUGCAUGGGCGAUCUUCUUGUUAUGUCUUACGCUUCUUACGUGCAUGGGCGAUCUUCUUGUAAUGUCUUACGCUUCUUACUUGCAUGGGCGAUCUUCUUGUUAUGUCUUACGCUUCUUACGUGCAUGGGCGAUCUUCUUGUAAUGUCUUACGCUUCUUACUUGCAUGGGCGAUCUUCUUGUUAUGUCUUACGCUUCUUACUUGCAUGGGCGAUCUUCUUGUAAUGUCUCGCGCUUCUUACUUGCAUGGGCGAUCUUCUUGUUAUGUCUUACGCUUCUUACUUGCAUGGGCGAUCUUCUUGUAAUGUCUCGUGCUUCUUACGUGCAUGGGCGAUCUUCUUGUUAUGUCUUACGCUUCUUACUUGCAUGGGCGAUCUUCUUGUAAUGUCUCGCGCUUCUUACUUGCAUGGGCGAUCUUCUUGUUAUGUCUUACGCUUCUUACUUGCAUGGGCGAUCUUCUUGUAAUGUCUCGUGCUUCUUACGUGCAUGGGCGAUCUUCUUGUUAUGUCUUACGCUUCUUACUUGCAUGGGCGAUCUUCUUGUUAUGUCUCGCGCUUCUUACUUGCAUGGGCGAUCUUCUUGUAAUGUCUUACGCUUCUUACUUGCAUGGGCGAUCUUCUUGUUAUGUCUCGCGCUUCUUACUCGCAUGGGCGAUCUUCUUGUAAUGUCUUACGCUUCUUACUUGCAUGGGCGAUCUUCUUGUUAUGUCUCGUGCUUCUUACUUGCAUGGGCGAUCUUCUUGUAAUGUCUUGCGCUUCUUACUUGCAUGGGCGAUCUUCUUGUUAUGUCUUAAGCUUCUUACUUGCAUGGGCGAUCUUCUUGUUAUGUCUUACGCUUCUUACUUGCAUGGGCGAUCUUCUUGUUAUGUCUUACGCUUCUUACGUGCAUGGGCGAUCUUCUUGUUAUGUCUCGCGCUUCUUACUCGCAUGGGCGAUCUUCUUGUUAUGUCUUACGCUUCUUACUUGCAUGGGCGAUCUUCUUGUUAUGUCUCGUGCUUCUUACUUGCAUGGGCGAUCUUCUUGUAAUGUCUUACGCUUCUUACUUGCAUGGGCGAUCUUCUUGUUAUGUCUUACGCUUCUUACUUGCAUCGGCGAUCUUCUUGUUAUGUCUCGCGCUUCUUACUCGCAUGGGCGAUCUUCUUGUAAUGUCUUACGCUUCUUACUUGCAUGGGCGAUCUUCUUGUUAUGUCUUACGCUUCUUACGUGCAUGGGCGAUCUUGUUGUUAUGUCUUACGCUUCUUACUUGCAUGGGCGAUCUUCUUGUUAUGUCUCACGCUUCUUACUUGCAUGGGCGAUCUUCUUGUUAUGUCUCACGCUUCUUACUUGCAUGGGCGAUCUUCUUGUUAUGUCUCACGCUUCUUACUUGCAUGGGCGAUCUUCUUGUAAUGUCUUACGCUUCUUACGUGCAUGGGCGAUCUUCUUGUAAUGUCUUACGCUUCUUACUUGCAUGGGCGAUCUUCUUGUUAUGUCUUACGCUUCUUACGUGCAUGGGCGAUCUUCUUGUAAUGUCUUACGCUUCUUACGUGCAUGGGCGAUCUUCUUGUUAUGUCUCGCGCUUCUUACUUGCAUGGGCGAUCUUCUUGUAAUGUCUCACGCUUCUUACUUGCAUGGGCGAUCGUCUUGUAAUGUCUCGUGCUUCUUACGUGCAUGGGCGAUCUUCUUGUAAUGUCUCACGCUUCUUACUUGCAUGGGCGAUCUUCUUGUAAUGUCUCGCGCUUCUUACGUGCAUGGGCGAUCUUCUUUUGUAAUACAGGUUGUUUACCAUUUAAUCAGAAAUUCCGGUACUUCUAGCUAUAUUGUAAAUGGUAAGAUUCCUAUCCCCGGAAAAAUUUCGGAAUAUGUGGAAUUGCUUGAAAGGUAUUGGCAGUUUUCCAUAGAAUAUUUGACCGAGACCCCCAUCGGCCACUAUUCCCCAGGACCCCAAAAUGUAGAAGAUCUGGGGAGAGAAGGAAAUGGUAUAGAGUCACCCCAGAAAUUCUGGAAUAUAGGAAACUGUUCCUUAUCUUUAUGGCAUUCCGGUAAAAAUGGGAUCUCAUUCCGGAAUUUCCGAUUAAAUGGUAAACUACCACACUGUCGGAUUUUAUUAGAUACCAGCUCCAAUGCCAUUACGAAUUAAAGUCCUACAAAGAAAUCUUUGUCUCAACCCAGAUUUCAUGUCAAACUAUUUCCUUCAUGUAGCAUUUAAAGAUGUAUAAGCAUUAUAAUGUAUCACUUCUCUGAGAGUAUUUAUUGUUGGGUUUAGAUAUAAAAAAAGUUAACAAAAGUCAUUGUUAAUACAGAUUGAGCUAUAGAAGUCAUAGAAUAUGAGAAAGGGGCCAUAAUCACCUGGAGGAAAAUACUAUGUUUACCCCCCACCCCUUUAAGCCCUCAUUAGUAUAAACAGCUUAUGAAAACGAGCCAAGAGAACUCGCAGUUUAUCUAUAUAGACCUACGGGGAGUUUCUCGAGCUCACAACAAACACCCUGGAGACUGGCUACACAGCGCCUUUGCAUCGAUGCCUACACAGCACCGAGAAUUGUACACGAUCGCCAAGAUUUCGAUACAAAGGAAAUACAACAAAUUAAUUUCGCAGGAACGUGGGACCUGGAACAGCAGAAGAUAUUUAGCGCUAAGGCAAAAUCAUGUCGAUACUUCCCUUCAUGCUCGUGUUCGCCUCUAUCCGAGGUCACGUGAUCGCGCAAACAUGCCCACAGGGGGUUUGCUACGGAGGUGUUUUCAAGGCCAAGGAAGGCAUAAAGGGGCAGCAUUUGCUUGGGUUCUCGUACAAGAACCUCAGCACGGUCCGUCAUGCCCAGGGGUGCUUCUCGGCGUGUGCGAAUGAGUGCCUCUGCAGGUCGUAUCAGGUGUCAAGUACGGGAUGCGAGUUACUGGAGGAAGACAAGGAUUCAAGAACUCUUAAGCCAAAUUCUGACUACAUAUACUUCGACCUGAAACAAAAGGUCGUCCCUUCGGCAUCUUCCUUGUCGUACCCAUCCGUCUGUAGAAAUGGCUGCUGUCUCGCCAACCCCUGUCUGAAUGGCGGAACGUGCACAGAGAAGUGCGAGCACCCAAAAACCAAGUUCGUCUGCAAUUGUCCGACUAAUGCCACAGGGAAACGAUGCGAGCAAUUCUUCUGGCCCAAGUCCUGCCUUGACUUCUACAAAGCACACAACGCACCAGCUAAACCACCGAGGGGUGUUUAUACGAUCUUCAAAAAUGAUAAUAUCACAGAAGUAAAAAGAUACUGUGAUUUCACACCGCCAAAUAAAGCAUGGACUUUGAUUGAAUCCUAUGCUGCGAAGCACAGAGUGGAAUUUGAAGCAAAGUCUUUUUUGGAUGACUACCCGGUCAAUCAAGAGACUCCUGGACAACACGAGAAGUACCGACUAGCGAGGGCAGCCAUGCAGAUGAUCAAAGCCAGCGGUGUCGUACCGAGUUACAUGCAAGUUCCUUACCAGGGAGAACGUAACUGAUCGAGACUACCUCGAAGGACGAUUGUCAGCAUGGGACAUCAUAGAUGAGGCGAGUAUUUCCAGAUCAUCCUACUGUAAAACAGUGACAUAUGUGAACAUCGAGGGUCAUAGUUGCUCGAAUUGCACUCUUGCGCUCUUCCAAAAGAAAGGAAAUUGGCAUUUUCACGCCCACCCUAACGAAGGCUGCGAUCUAAUUCCACCCACAUAUAAAAGCACAAGAAAACAGAUUUUCGGUAAGUAUAACGACGGCUAUCAUUCAUUCCUGGGCUACGACUCUCCAGGCUCAACCACAGAGUAUUGGUUGGGACAGGAAAUGCCAUGAACUAUGGAUUUACAAGGAAAUGCAAUGAACUAUUGAUUUACAAGGAAAUGCCGUGAACUAUUGA